UACAAAGAGCGAGGUCAUGUUAGGGGGGUCCGAAUGAAGGGUUUAUCAGUCCGAGAUAUAAAAUUUAACUUUUCUCGCGACUCUUCCUUUGAGUACAAUAAGCAGGGAAACGUUGGCUUAUUUAUUAUUGCAAUUUGUUACGAUUUCAUUGACACUUUUGUCACGAUUGAUUUUUUGAAAUGGGUACGUUAAUAUUUUUUUAGGUGUGAAGGAAUGAAGAGAAUGGAAAACAUGACAACGGCGGAGUGUUUGACACUUGACUUCGGUCCUUUUGAGACCGUGCAUUGUUGGCAGCAGAUGCCAGAAUGUGAUGUAUUUGUUGGAGCUAGGCGCAGCAAGCACACGGUCGUGGCAUACAAAGAUGCGAUAUAUGUUUUUGGUGGUGAUAAUGGAAAAAAAAUGCUGAACGACUUACUUCGAUUUGACGUUAAAGAAAAGUCUUGGGGGCGUGCUUUCGCGACUGGAACACCUCCUGCUCCGCGCUACCACCACUCCGCUGUCGUUCACGAUGCCUCAAUGUUUGUGUUUGGCGGGUAUACAGGAGACAUACAUUCUAACUCUAAUCUCACCAAUAAAAAUGAUCUUUUCGAGUACCGAUUUCAAACUACUCAAUGGACGGAGUGGAAAUUUGUUGGAAAAACUCCAGUUGCAAGAUCCGCACAUGGAGCAGCUGUUUACGAUAAUAAACUCUGGAUAUUUGCUGGUUACGAUGGAAAUGCCAGAUUAAAUGACAUGUGGACGAUUUCCUUACUGCCAAGCGACCCGAGAGUAUGGGAAGAGAUCACUCAGUCCGGUGACUGCCCACCGACUUGUUGUAAUUUCCCGGUAGCAGUGGCUCGCGAGUCGAUGUUCGUAUUUAGUGGACAGAGUGGAGCAAAAAUCACAAAUAGUCUAUUUCAGUUUCAUUUCCGUGAGAAGAGAUGGACCCGGAUUUCAACGGAGCAUAUUCUACGUGGUGCUCCUCCUCCGCCUGCACGACGCUAUGGCCAUACAAUGGUCAGUUUUGACCGGCAUUUGUAUGUUUUUGGAGGUGCAGCUGAUUCAACGCUUCCCAAUGACUUGCAUUGCUAUGAUCUUGAUACUCAAACUUGGAACGUCGUAUUGCCAUCAGCCGACAGCCAGGUCCCAUCGGGACGUCUUUUUCAUGCAGCAGCAGUAAUCGGAGACGCAAUGUUCAUUUUCGGUGGAACCAUAGAUAAUAAUGUUCGCUCUGGGGAAACAUACCGCUUUCAAUUUUCAUCAUACCCGAAAUGUACACUUCACGAUGACUUUGGUAAAUUAUUGAACAGUCGCUUGUUUUGCGACGUUGAAUUCGUUGUCGGUGAAAGCGAAACAAAGAUUCCGGCACAUAUAGCAAUGGUAGCGGCACGUUCGCAGUUUCUGCGAGCUAGGAUACGAGAGGCUAGGGAACGACGGGAGAAACAUCUCAGAGAAGUGUGCGGAAACGUGGAUAUUCCGAUGAAAGAUAUGCCGAUAUUAGAGGUGAAAUUAACGGAUGCAGUACCAGAGGCCUUCGAGAUGGUCUUAAAUUACAUUUACACGGAUCGUAUCGACCCAACGAAACGAACCGAAGAUCCUUUAAGCAAUCGAAUCGUCCUGCUGGUAAUGGAUGUCUAUCGUUUGGCCGUACAAUUUAACAUGAAACGUCUAGAGCAACUGUGCGUGCACUACCUGGAAGCUACGAUAAGUCAUGCAAAUGUUUUAGAGGCUUUGCAUAAUGCUGCGCAACUAAAGCUUUACUUCAUCAAAGAGUUUUGCCUAAGCUUCGUGGUGAAGGACAGUAAUUAUAAUCAGAUCGUGAUGAGUCAAGAAUUUGAGUCGUUGGAUCGGGCUCUAAUGGUAGAGAUUAUCAGGAGGCGGCAGAUGCCUCAGCCUAGGAACUUCUCCAAGCAGUACGAGUCCACUGGCACCAGUCUAGAACAGGAUAUGGAAGUCUUUUUAAAGAGCAUCGGACAUGAUUUCUGUGACAUAACGCUGAUGCUGGAUGGUGCACCGAUACCUGCACACAAAGCCGUUUUGGCCGCUAGAUGCACAUAUUUCGAGGGCAUGUUUCGCUCGUUUAUGCCAGAGAACAACACGGUAAACAUUCAAAUCGGUGAGAUGAUCCCGUCGUCGGAGUCCUUCGACUCGUUGCUACGUUACAUUUAUUACGCGGACGUAGCGAUGCCACCGGAAGACUCGCUCUAUCUGUUCACCGCGCCCGUUUUCUACGGCUUUACCAAUAACCGUCUUCAGGCCUUCUGCAAGCAAAAUCUCGAAAUGAACGUUACUUUUGAGAACGUCAUUCAGAUCCUGGAGGCGGCGGAUCGAAUGCAGGCUAGCGACAUGAAGAAGUACGCCCUGAACCUCAUCGUCCAUCACUUUACCGAGGUGGCUCGUUUGCCCCGGUUGAAGCAGCUGAGUCGGGAGCUUUUGUUGGACAUUCUCGAGGAGCUCGCCGAUGAACGCAGCGAGGCUCGAAUGUGCCAGGACAUGACGAGCGACUGUUGACGAAUUUCCACCUUC